GGAAGCAUCGGUCUCCGCGCCGGCCGGGCGGGGGGAAUGAAUGGGCGCUGAGCAAGGGGCGCGCCGGCUGCGGGGACCCGCCUGAGGCGAGGGGAGGCCGCAGCAUGGAGGACGACGCGCCGGUGAUCUACGGGCUGGAGUUCCAGGCCCGCGCUCUCACCCCUCAAACUGCAGAGACAGAUGCCAUCCGGUUUCUGGUCGGGACGCAGUCUCUGAAGUAUGAGAACCAGAUCCACAUCAUAGAUUUUGAUGACGAAAACAACAUCAUAAACAAAAAUGUCCUCCUGCACCAAGUGGGUGAGAUCUGGCACAUCAGCGCCAGCCCCGCAGACAAAGGUGUGCUGGCCACCUGCUACAACAAGACUGCAGACAGCAGGCUCCUGACCUGCGCCGCGGUGUGGAGGAUGCCCGAGGAGUCGGAGCCCGGCAGCCACGAGUCCCCCGACGAUUCGUCCAGCACCGCGCACGCGCUGGAGCUGCUCUGCAGCCUGGAUAGCGCGGCCCACGGCAGCACCGCCUGCGUUGUGUGGGAGCCCACGGGAGACGGGAAGAGAGUGAUCUCGCUGGCGGACAACCACCUUCUGCUGUGGGAUCUGCAGGGAAGCUCCAGCCAGGCUGUGCUGGCCAGCUCAACGUCCCUAGAAGGGAAGGGGCAGCUGAAGUUUACCUCAGCACAGUGGAAUCCCCAUCACAACUGCACCCAGGUGGCCACAGCGAAUGACACCGCUGUGCGAGGCUGGGACACGCGGAGCAUGAGUCAGAACUACUGCAUGGGGAAUGCCCACAGGCAUUUGGUGCAGGACCUGGACUUCAACCCCAACAAGCAGUACUGCCUGGCAAGCUGCAGGGAUGGCUGCAAAGUCAAGUUCUGGGACACGCGCAGCCUGGCCGAGCCCGUGGCCACCCUGGAGGAGCACUCCCACUGGGUGUGGAAUGUCUGCUCCAACCACUCACAAGAUCAGCUGGUCCUCACGAGCAGCGACAGCAGGGUCAUUCUCUCAAACAUGGUGUCCUCCUCUGAGCCCUUCGGCCACCUGGUGGACGACGACCUGAGUGACCAGGAGGAGCGCCGUCCAGAGGACAAGAGCCAGGAGCCCCCUCAGGGUGGCAUCAUUAUCACGUACGAGGAGCAUGAGGACAGCGUGUACGCCGUGGAGUGGUCCUCGGCCGACCCCUGGCUCUUUGCCUCCCUGAGCUACGACGGGCGGCUGGUCAUCAACAGGGUUCCCCGGGCGCUGAAGUACCACAUCCUGCUCUGACCUGUCCCGUUCCGGCCGUGGGCCCCCAGGGGACCCCUCUGGGAGGACCAGCAUGGCCUCCUCUGACCUGGGCAUCCCUGACCGGUGGCCCGAGGCUGGUGGCGCUGCUGACUCCCGGACCCAGUGCCCUCACUGACCGGGAAGCGCAGCCUCCAGACCUAGCGACCCCGGCCUGCUGCCGCAGACCCGCCCGCCAGCGUCUGCUCUGUUUCUCUUCCCUCUUUCAGGGAGCUGGGCUCGCUCCACUGAAAAUCUGUUUCCAUAAUUUUAACUCAUGUUUCUCUCGAGAUUAAAAACGAAAUAAACAGGCGAAGCUGUC